CCCCCCUCCCCACCGGCUCCCUGAGGCCCUGCCGGGUCGGGCUGCGGGCGGCCGGGCGCCGACGGCCGGACGGACGGGCGCACGCGAGGACGGGCGGACGGACGCGCCGAGGGCGCCGGGCACGCACGGCCCGGGCCGGCGCUGCGAGGCCCGCCCGGGAGGGCCGGGGCCGCGCUCAGGUCCUGGGAGGAAUGGAGAGGGGUCCUAGUGACUACCUUCUCUGAAAGUGGUCAGAGAGUUCUUAAACAGGUGCCCAAAGAAGUCAGAAGAGGGCUUCAGAUCCCCUGGAACUACAGUUGUGGAUGACUGCAAGCCACCAUAAUUCUGAUUUGGCUGCUACUUUGAAAUACAAGCCCAAAAGAUGCCACCUUGUUUGGACUUAGAGGAUGACAUGGAUAAGUGAUAAAAACUAAGACAUUUUGGUUUUCUUAUUGUUCACUUUGCAUAUACUUCUGGAAUAAUACACCAUGGUUUUGGAUGACCUUCCAAACUUCGAAGACAUCUAUACUUCCCUGUGUUCAUCAACAAUGGAAGAUUCAGAGGUGGAUUUUGACUCUGGACUAGAAGAUGAUGACACAAAAAGUGAUAACAUUUUGGAGAAUUCCACAAUUUUUGUAGCCUUCAAAGGAAAUAUAGAUGAUAAAGACUUCAAAUGGAAACUGGAUGCAAUAUUAAAGAAUGUGCCCAACUUGUUACACAUGGAAUCCAGCAAGCUAAAGGUACAGAAAGUGGAGCCUUGGAACAGCGUACGUGUCACAUUCAACAUCCCCCGGGAAGCAGCGGAGCGGUUACGGAUCCUGGCUCAGAGCAACAACCAGCAGCUUCGGGAUCUGGGGAUUCUCUCCGUUCAGAUUGAAGGGGAAGGUGCUAUCAACCUGGCUUUGGGUCAGAACCGAAGCCAGGAUGUGAGAAUGAAUGGACCCAUGGCGUCUGGAAACUCGGUUAGGAUGGAGGCAGGAUUUCCCAUGGCAAGUGGUCCAGGAUUAAUAAGGAUGACGAGCCCUGCCACUGUUAUGAUGCCCCAGGGUGGGAACAUGUCAUCUUCCAUGAUGGCCCCAGGCCCCAGUCCAGAACUGCAGCCCAGGACUCCUCGCCCUGCUUCUCAUUCAGGGUGCCUUACCACCAAUGAGCCAUCAGCUGUCUUUAAGACAGGAUUCAUCUUUAUAUCUGUUGAUGCAAUGGAUCCACUUCUCUCUGGACUCCAUAUACAGCAGCAGAGUCAUCCCUCAGGAUCUUUACCUCCAGCACAUCACCCAAUGCAGCCUGUUCCUGUGAACAGACAAAUGAACCCAGCUAAUUUUCCCCAGCUGCAGCAACAGCAGCAGCAGCAACAACAACAGCAACAGCAGCAACAGCAGCAGCAACAGUUGCAGACAAGACCUCCACAGCAACAUCAGCAGCAACAGCCACAGGGGAUUCGUCCACAGUUUACUGCUCCAACUCAGGUGCCUGUUCCUCCAGGCUGGAACCAGCUGCCUUCAGGAGCCCUACAGCCUCCGCCAGCCCAGGGCUCUCUGGGCACAAUGACUGCAAACCAAGGGUGGAAGAAGGCUCCCUUGCCUAGCCCAAUGCAACAACAGCUUCAGGCAAGACCUUCCUUAGCCACGGUACAGACACCUUCUCACCCUCCCCCUCCUUAUCCCUUUGGCAGCCAGCAAGCCUCACAAGCCCAUACAAACUUUCCUCAAAUGAGCAACCCAGGCCAGUUCACAGCUCCUCAGAUGAAGAGCUUGCAGGGAGGGCCCUCCAGGGUCCCAACCCCCCUGCAACAACCCCACCUCACCAACAAGUCUCCUGCCUCCUCACCCUCCUCCUUCCAGCAGGGAUCCCCUGCAUCCUCCCCAACGGUUAACCAAACUCAGCAGCAGAUGGGACCAAGGCCACCUCAAAAUAACCCACUUCCCCAGGGAUUUCAGCAGCCUGUCAGCUCUCCAGGUCGGAAUCCUAUGGUUCAACAGGGAAAUGUGCCACCUAACUUCAUGGUGAUGCAGCAGCAGCCACCAAACCAGGGGCCACAGAGUUUACACCCAGGCCUAGGAGGAAUGCCUAAACGCCUCCCACCUGGCUUCUCAGCAGGACAGGCCAAUCCGAACUUUAUGCAAGGUCAGGUGCCUUCCACCACAGCAACCACCCCUGGGAAUUCAGGAGCCCUUCAACUGCAAGCAAAUCAAAAUGUCCAGCAUGCAGGUGGUCAAGGAGCUGGUCCUCCUCAAAACCAGAUGCAGGUAUCUCAUGGGCCACCAAAUAUGAUGCAACCCAACCUCAUGGGAAUUCAUGGCAACAUAAACAACCAGCCUGCUGGCAGCUCUGGGGUUCCUCAGGUGACCCUGGGCAACAUGCAAGGCCAGCCUCAGCAGGGCCCACCAUCUCAGCUGAUGGGCAUGCACCAACAGAUUGUACCCGCUCAGGGCCAAAUGGUCCAACAACAAGGAACUUUGAACCCUCAAAACCCUAUGAUCCUUUCAAGGGCCCAGCUUAUGCCACAGGGCCAGAUGAUGGUGAACCCUCAGAACCAGAAUCUUGGGCCUUCACCCCAAAGGAUGACCCCACCCAAGCAGAUGCUUCCCCAGCAGGGCCAACAAAUGAUGGCACCACAUAACCAGAUAAUGGGGCCUCAGGGGCAAGUUUUGCUCCAGCAGAACCCAAUGAUAGAACAAAUAAUGACCAAUCAGAUGCAGGGGAAUAAGCAGCAAUUUAACACUCAGAACCAAUCCAAUGUCAUGCCGGGACCAGCACAGAUAAUGAGGGGACCAACUCCGAACAUGCAAGGAAACAUGGUGCAAUUUACAGGACAGAUGUCAGGACAGAUGCUGCCUCAGCAAGGGCCUGUAAACAAUAGUCCACCUCAAGUUAUGGGAAUUCAGGGGCAGGUUAUGCGGCCACCAGGGCCCAGCCCACACAUGGCCCAGCAGCAUGGUGAUCCUGCUACUACAGCAAAUAAUGAUGUCAACUUGUCUCAGAUGAUGCCUGAUGUUAGCAUGCAACAAACCAACAUGGUCCCCCAACAUGUGCAGACCAUGCAGGGAAACAGUGCUUCGGGAAACCACUUCUCAGGCCAUGGAAUGUCUUUCAAUGCACCAUUCAGUGGUGCACCCAAUGGAAAUCAGAUGUCUUGUGGUCAAAAUCCAGGCUUCCCAGUCAAUAAGGAUGUAACAUUAACAAGCCCAUUGUUGGUCAACUUAUUGCAAAGUGACAUUUCUGCAGGACAUUUUGGUGUAAACAAUAAACAAAAUAAUGCCAGUGCAAAUAAACCGAAGAAGAAGAAACCGCCUCGGAAGAAGAAAACUUGUCAACAAGAUCUAAACACCCCAGAUAAUCGUCCAGUUGGUCUAGAGGAGGCUGAUCAACAGUCAUUACCUGGAGAACAAGGAAUCAACUUGGACAACACAGGCCCUAAACUGCCAGAAUUUUCAAACCGGCCACCAGGUUAUCCUACUCAACCAGUUGAACAGAGGCCAAUGCAACAGAUGCCUCCUCAACUCAUGCAACAUGUGGCACCCCCACCACAGACACCACAGCAGCAGCCACAACCACAACUGCCUCAGCAGCAGCAGCAGCAGCCACCACCACCUAGUCAGCCACAGUCUCAGCAGCAGCAGCAGCAGCAGCAACAACAACAACAAAUGAUGAUGAUGCUCAUGAUGCAGCAAGAUCCUAAAUCCAUUAGGCUUCCAGUCUCCCAAAAUGUCCAUCCUCCACGGGGUCCUCUGAACCCAGACUCUCAGAGAAUGCCCAUGCAGCCAAGUGGCAAUGUACCUGUUAUGGUUAGUUUGCAAGGACCUGCCUCUGUGCCACCAUCACCUGAUAAACAAAGAAUGCCAAUGUCUGUGAAUACUCCUUUGGGAAGUAAUUCAAGGAAAAUGGUAUACCAGGAGAACCCACAGAAUUCCUCUAGCUCACCACUAGGAGAGAUGUCCUCACUUCCUGAAGCUAGUGGCAGUGAAGUACCGUCUGUUUCAGGAGCCCCAAAUAACAUGCCCUCACAUUUAGUAGUUUCUCAGAACCAGUUAAUGAUGGCAGGGCCCAAAUCGGGACCAUCUACCCUUUCAGCAACUCAAGGUGCAACUCCCCAACAACCUUCUGUAAAUUCCUUGCCUAGCUCCCAUGGCCACCACUUUCCAAAUGUUGCUGCUCCAACCCAGACAUCUAGGCCUAAAACUCCAAACAGAGCCAGCCCCAGACCCUAUUAUCCUCAAACACCCAACAACCGCCCUCCUAGUACAGAACCUUCAGAAAUUAGUCUGUCACCAGAAAGACUGAAUGCCUCCAUAGCAGGACUCUUUCCUCCACAGAUUAAUAUUCCUUUACCUCCCAGGCCAAAUUUAAAUAGGGGCUUUGAUCAACAGGGCUUGAAUCCAACAACUCUGAAGGCCAUCGGGCAAGCACCUUCAAAUCUUACUAUAAAUAAUCCUCCUAACUUUGCUGCCCCACAAGCUCAUAAAUUAGAUUCUGUAGUGGUGAAUUCUGGAAAACAGUCUAAUCCUGGAACAACAAAACGGGCAAGUCCAAGCAACAGUCGGAGGUCUAGUCCUGGGUCCAGUAGGAAAACUACCCCAAGUCCAGGGAGGCAAAACUCAAAAGCCCCUAAACUUACUCUGGCUUCUCAACCAAACACAACCCUGAUGCAGAACAUGGAGCUGCCUAGGAAUGUGUUGGUCAGUCCAAAUCCAAUUGCCAAUCCCCCUUUAUCCGGAAGCUUUCCUAACAAUAGUGGGCUUAAUCCCCAGAAUCCCACCGUACCUGUGCCUGCAGUGGGGACUGUUCUUGAGGAUAACAAAGAGAGUUUGAUCGUUCCUCAGGACAGUGAUUGCCAGAAUUCCCAGGGUAGGAAGGAGCAGGUAAACGUUGAGCUGAAAGCAGUCUCUACUCAAGAAGCUAAAAUGGUUGUCCCUGAAGAUCAAUCCAAAAAGGAUGGGCAACCUUUGGAUUCUAACAAACUCCCCAGUGUUGAAGAGAACAAAAAUUUGAUAUCUCCUGCCAUGAGAGAAGCACCAACAUCAUUAAGCCAACUUCUUGACAACUCUGGAGCUCCUAAUGUGACCAUUAAACCCCCUGGGCUUACAGAUCUGGAAGUAGCACCUCCAGUUGUUUCAGGAGAGGACCUCAAAAAAGCAUCUGUCAUUCCCACACUGCAGGAUCCGUCUUCUAAAGAACCCUCUAAUUCCUUAAACUUACCUCACAGUAAUGAGCCGUGUUCAACCCUUGCGCAUCCAGAAUUGAGUGAGGUGAGCUCUAAUGUUGCACCAAGCAUCCCUCCAGUAAUGUCAAGACCUGUCAGCUCUUCCUCCAUUUCUACUCCUUUGCCCCCAAACCAAAUAACUGUAUUUGUUACCUCCAAUCCCAUAACCACUUCAUCUAACACAUCAGCAGCCCUGCCAACAAACUUACAUUCUGCAUUGAUGUCGACAGUUGUCACAAUGCCCAAUGUGGGUAACAAAGUUAUGGUUUCUGAGGGACAGUCUGCUGCUCAAUCUAAUGCCCGGCCUCAGUUCAUUACACCUGUCUUUAUCAAUUCAUCUUCAAUAAUUCAGGUUAUGAAAGGAUCACAGCCAAGCACAAUUCCUGCAACCCCAUUGACAACCAACAGUGGCCUGAUGCCUCCCUCUGUCGCAGUUGUUGGACCUUUACACAUACCUCAGAACAUAAAAUUUUCUUCAGCUCCUGUAGCACCUAAUGUCCCCUCCAGUAGUCCUGCUCCAAACAUACAGACAGGCCGGCCGUUGGUCCUUAGCUCGCGAGCCGCUCCUGUUCAGCUGCCUUCCCCUCCCAGUACAUCUUCUCCAGCUGUCGCUCCUAAUCCUCCUGUCCAGCAAGUGAAAGAAUUCAAUCCAGAUGAGGCUAGUCCUCAGAUGAACACCUCAGCAGAUCAGAGCACUCUGCUCUCUCCACAGCCAACCACAGUAGUUUCUCCCCUUGUGACCAAUAGUCCAGGCUCCUCUGCCAAUCGGCGAAGCCCAGUAUCAUCCAGUAAGGGCAAAGGAAAAGUGGACAAAAUUGGCCAGAUUUUGCUGACCAAGGCUUGUAAGAAAGUUACAGGCUCUCUGGAAAAAGGGGAAGAACAGUAUGGUGCAGAUGGAGAGACUGAAGGCCCAGGGCUAGAGACCACAACUCCUGGGCUAAUGGGAACAGAACAGUGCUCCACAGAGCUGGACAGUAAAACCCCAACACCUUCAGCACCCACGCUACUAAAAAUGACCUCUAGCCCCAUGGGCCCAAGCUCCACCUCAACAGGACCCAUCUUACCUGGCGGUGCUCUCCCCACCAGUGUACGCUCAAUAGUAACCACACUGGUACCCUCUGAGCUCAUCUCCACAACGCCAACCACAAAAGGCAAUCAUGGUGGCAUAGCAUCUGAGCCACUUGCAGGUGGCCUAGUGGAGGAGAAGGUGGGAUCUCAUCCAGAGCUUCUACCCAGCAUAGCCCCCUCACCGACUUUAGUCCCAAAGGAGCCUCCAGCCACAGCACUGCAAGGGCCUAUUGCCAGACCAGAACUUGAGGCAAAUGCUGCCAUAGUCUCUGGACAAAGCAGUGAGCCAAAAGAGAUAGUUGAGAAGUCCAAAACCCCGAGCCGAAGAAACUCUCGAACUGAGGAGCCGACUGUGGCUUCUGAGAGCGUGGAAAAUGGACAUCGAAAACGAUCCUCUCGGCCUGCUUCAGCCUCCAGCUCUACAAAAGAUAUAACUGGUGCAGUGCAAUCCAAGCGAAGAAAAUCCAAGUAAGCAAGCUGGAAGAUGACUUGAUACUUGUAAAUGUGUGUGAAUUUUACAAAGAGCAAUUUUCAGCUGUGACUUUUUAAAUCUUUCUGUACAGUUAGUCAUUUUAAUAACUCGAUCCUUUUCCUAGUCCCUGAAACCUGUCUCAUAAAGUGUAACGGGGAGCAGCCCUUUUGGUGUUGCGAAAUGAAGUUCAAGGCUUCUAAAAUGUUGCCAUGUAUUGAAAGAAGCUAAUGCCAUUAUAAAUGUUAUUAGUUUCACAUUUCUUAAGCAGCCUAGAGUACAGGGUGAACAUUUGUAGAUCUUCUAAUGAUGUAUUGUGCUGUGGAAGUACUGUGUGUGAAUAGCAGUAGUGGGGCAAAAAGCAAUCUUGUCAUUUGGAAAUGUUGUAAAUAAUUUUAUUAUAUAGUGUUUUGGAUGUAUUUGUUGUAGAAAUGGACCAGUGAAUAAAGAGAAUCUAAGGGUUUGUACAAUGUGAAAUAUUGAACGUGUUAAAUAAAUGUCUUUGUCAUAGAA